CACAUCCCCACAUCAACUCCUCAUCUCCCCAACGCAUUAUCAGCGUACGAAUUUCGGACCACAAAGAAGCGAGCCAAGAUGCCAAAGAGCAGCGACAGGAUCAAGUAUCCUCGCACCUCGCUCAUUCGCCCUUCGAGAAACACGGGCCUCACCGGGAAAACCGUGUUGAUUGCAAUCAUCACCUUGCUGGGCGAGGUGGUAGACCUGGUGGAAUCGCUCGACUCUGGGGGAUGGCACCUUUUCAAGCGCAAGAACACGGCACUAGCGGUAGCUCAGAAGAAAUUGUGCGAUGGUAUUGUCGACGGUGCAAACUCCCUGACCGAGCUCUUUAAUCGGUCAGUUGCUAAUGGGCGCCGCCUGCCGCAUUGGAAGCCUCCUCCUGCAGGACUGCCCCCGUAUCGCAACAGGAUUAUUAGAGAGCUCAAAAUGCCGUUGGAGAUUGCGGCCAGGGAGCCUUUCGAAGACAUUGUUGGCCUCGAGGGGUUCGAAGCCACCGCCGAAACCAUCCUCUCGGGUCUGCAUCAAGAGGUUGAGGCCUGGCUUGAGGAGUGUUUCUGAGCUACUCUCAUGUAACAGCACUCGGAUGGCUCGUGUCGCUUUCCCCUAACAACGUGUCCAGACUAUGGUAUCAGGUGUCAUAACGCGGCCUCGUCACAACCUGAAUUGCGGAGCCUGAUGGCAAAUCGCGGUACGCCGUGAUAUGUAAAGGGCCUUCUCAUGAGCGUGUUAGCGUCGCUCAGGCCAUGGUCCAGUGACUAAACAAUGUAAUUUUUCAAGAUGGAGAUUACACACAGAAAUCAUCAAUCAAUCAUCA